AUGCCUGGCAGUCAUGUUUUGGUAGUUGCACGAUCUAUUCUCGACUUCUCAUAUUAUGCCCAGCUGCACAUUCAGACAACUGAGUCCCUCGAAGCCCUACAAACCACUCUGACUAUAUUUCAUGCCAAUAAAGACAUCCUCAAGGAGCUCGCUGUUCAAGAGCAUUUCAACAUACCAAAAUUACACCAGCUCUCUCAUUAUGUACAGUCCAUCAUGUUGUUUGGUGCAGCUGACAGCUUUGACACAGAACUUCCCAAGCACUUGCACAUUGAUUUCACAAAGGACUCAUACCAUGCUAGCAAUAAACGGGACUACGAGGAACAAAUGGCUUUGUGGCUCCAAUGCCAGGAAGCUGUGUUUAUACAUUCAGACACGGACUCAGAGUCAGAAACACCAAAUCUUCCCGUUGUUGAACCACUUCAAGCAACCCAUGUCCUUGCAAAAGUCCCUGUGCAUCCUCACCAAUCUGUUCAAACCAUCAUAACAGCACACAGUGCUACUGAGUUCCUCCCUGCUCUCUGA